ACUACUACUAUUCCAUCUCCAACACUUGUCCCCACUUCGAAAGAGCUAAACACGUGCACGACCCGCAUUUCCAGGAUAUACAAAAUUAUUACUCCAGUGGCAUUUUCGUUAUUUCACCCCUUCUCCCUGUCCCAAAAUUAUUCCAUUCCCCGUAUUUAUAAUUUUAUUCAUCUUUCUCUCUUUCUUCACUAAUCACACUAUAACCAAAAUCUCCUCCGCGUUUAUCAACUCCCCUCACAAAACCCGGCCCCUGUAUCCGGUUCCGAUUCCGACCGGGCCGGAUCGCCGAUUAGCCUUUUUUCCUUGGCUUUGGUUGAGAAUUGGCGCAGCGCAGGAGGAGGCGAUUUCAGUACGUACUGGACUGGACUGCUGAUGACAUCGGGCACGAGGCUGCCGACAUGGAAGGAGCGAGAGAACAACAAGCGGAGGGAGCGUCGCCGCCGUGCGAUCGCCGCGAAGAUCUUCUCCGGAUUGAGGAUGUACGGAAACUACAAGCUCCCCAAGCACUGUGACAACAACGAGGUCCUGAAAGCUCUCUGCAACGAAGCUGGUUGGAUCGUCGAGGAGGACGGCACCACUUACAGGAAGGGGUGCAAGCCUGUCGAACGUAUGGAUAUAAUGGGCUCAUCUGCAGUAAGCCCCUGCACAUCAUAUCAACCAAGCCCAGGUACCUCUUUCAAUCCAAGCCCAUCUUCAUCUUCUUUCGCAAGCCCCGUUUCAUCCCAUUACGUAGGGAACGCCACUAACACCGCCGACCCAAACUCACUCAUCCCCUGGCUAAAAAACCUAUCCUCUGGCGGCACUCUGCCAUCUUCAUCCAAGCUCCCCCACCACCUCUACAUUCCUGGAGGUUCUAUAAGUGCUCCUGUCACACCCCCGUUGAGCUCACCAACUGCACGCACUCCUAGAAUGAACGGUAACUGGGACGACCCAACGGCCGGUAAUAAUAUUUGGUCCAGUCAGCAUUACCCGUUUCUACCAUCUUCAAUGCCUCAAAGUCCAGGUAUGCAGCACACUCCGCCUGAUUCCAGGUGGCUUUCUGGUGUACAAACUCCACAAGAUGGGGCUUCUUCUCCCACGUUCAGCCUUGUGGCGGCUAAUCCGUUUGGUUUUAAAGAACCGUUAUCCAAUGGGGGGUCUCGUAUGUGGACCCCGGGGCAAAGUGGGACCUGCUCUCCGGCUAUUACAGCUGGGGUGGACCAAACAGCGGAUAUUCCGAUGUCUGAUGCAAUGUCGGCUGAGUUUGCUUUCGGUAGUAAUAUUAUGGGACUAGUGAAACCAUGGGAAGGUGAGAGAAUACAUGAAGAGUGUGCUCCUGAUGACCUUGAGCUUACUCUGGGGAAUUCUAACACCAGGUGAAGAGGUUGUAGAAGAAAAAGGUGAAAGAUAUUCUUAUAUUCCUCGAGGUGCUGUUGUCUGAUUACUGCACGUUUGUUCAACUACGUAUUUUGCUUCAGAUCCUUUCUAAACCAGGGAAAUUACACAGCAGGGAGCAGAUUUUCCUUCAUUUUAUUUUUCUUUUUUCCUUUUCUUACAUUCGAAGAAACAGAGAUUGAAGUAUAAAUAGGUAAUUUUAGUUGGGCUCUGCAUUUUUUUUAGCAGAUUUUUCUUCUCGCAGUUUACCUUGAAAAUUCGUUUGAUUCUUUUUUUCCCCGCUCGGAAUUCUGUUUGUGUUGUAUAACAUCUGUAACUAGAAUGUAAUUUGGAUGUAAAAAGACCAUAAGUUUUGUCUGUAUCUCUGACGAUGUUGUUUCGUAGGUGUUUACGCGAUUGUCAAUUGAAAGUUUUAGCUUCUGUCC